AUGGUGACUUAUGAAAGUACUAGACAUAUCUUGGAAGAGCUAGAGUUGAUUGAAGAUGCCAUCAGCUCUCGUUUCAAGCGAAACCCUGAACUUUUGUAUAGAAAUGUCGAAAAAUGGAAAUCGAUGAGCAUGGACUGGGAAUUCCCAGAAGAAUCACAAAUUCAUAGAGAGGGGAAUAAGCUGUAUGCUAUUAAGAAGCCUCGACGGAAUCGGAAACAAUUGGCAGCACAGGAACACGAAAUUGCACUAUUUUUGGACACAUAUCGCAAGAAUUGUGAACUGCUGAGUAGCGUGAACUUCGAGGAUGAACGCAAAUACGAGGUCUCAGAUGGCUCUCUCGAUAAGCUGCUGUCUGAAAUCGAAACAAUAGAAAAAGAGAGCGUUGAGAGUGGAUCAGAAGAUGUGGGUAACGAGUACAGCAUGUUUUCGAACUCGACUGCGUCGCGGAAAGAAAUCCUUUCGAAGAAAGCGCAAGAUCUUGAUGUCAAUGCCAUAUUUGCAAGAGACGAGCAAUACGGCAAAAUACUGGAUCUGGGAACAUUUCACCAGCAGUGGCUAGGUGUGGUGAAGAGCGGAGAUGUGACAUUUCUGCAGUUUUUCGCACAGGUGGAAAAGUUCAAGGAUCAUAGUUUUUUGGUUCACCCUGCUGCAAAUCGUAACAGUACCGCAUACCGCGGGUUUGUCACUCAUUUAUACCGUUAUAUGAACGGAUUUGCCCGGCGUGCAUAUCCCAUGCUGGACUGGGAAGCUGUGGAUUCGAAUUUGAAAACAGAGUUCGAGAAGUUUUUGGCAGAGCCAGUAAUAGACAACCAAAGGGGGUCACUGUACUGCAUCUCUUGUGAUAAAAACUUUAAAGCAGACACCGUUUAUCGCGCACACCUUUCGGGGAAGAAGCAUUCCGGGAAUCGACGCAAAAACGAAUCGUUUUUGGCCGAAGAGCACAGAUUGCACAAGCUGUGUGGGUUCUUGGCCGAGGAACUUUCUCGCACUCGAGAGUUUGUGGAACGUAAGCUGGGUUUCACUUCUGAAGAGCGCGAACAGGAGCUAGAGAGACUCACUGCCGACUACGAGGCUCCCAUUUACCGCUUGUCAGAGCCCGAGGACGACAUUGAAGAAUCUGCGCCCGCAGAAAAACCAAUUGUCGAUAGCACUUCAAAUCUUCCACUUGGGCCAGACGGCUUCCCGAUCCCGUACUGGCUCUACAAGCUGCAGGGACUCGACAUCGAGUAUCGAUGCGAAGUGUGUGGAAACUACGUCUACAAAGGACGCAGACAGUUCGACAAGCAUUUUUCGGAGCAGAGACACAGCUUGGGGCUGCGGAAGCUCGGGGUCGAGCCCUCUGCGACGUUCCAGGGCGUCACAAGUAUUGCCGAUGUGCAAAGACUGGCCUCUCACCUAAGAUCGCGAGGCUCUGCCGGCGUAGGAAGACCAAAAGCUACGGAAUUGAACGUGGAAAUGGAGGACAACGAUGGGAACGUCAUGACGAAGCAAGUUUACGAUGAGCUAGCAAAACAAGGUCUGUUAUGA